GGAGUUUGUAUGACGCGCGCUUCCCGCGCGUUUCUCUCCUCGACGUCAUCGUCGUCGUCGCCUCCUCGCGCGAGUCGGAGACGAGCGGAGUGACGCGAGGUUAUAAUAAUCUGUACGCGACGAGAGAUCCACGCAUAUCGUUCUUCCCUCGCGUCGCGCUUCCCCAUGAAAAGUCCCUGACGACGUCAAAUGACAACGUCGACGACAGGAGACGGCCAUCUUUGAGUCCUCCCGUCUUCGCCUCACGCACGGACACGCGAAAUUCCGACCUGUCGUCGACAGGACAGGGUAGAGAAAGAGAAAGAGAGAGAGAGAGUGCGCGAAGAAAGAGCGAGAAAGGAGAAGAAACGUCAGGGUGUGCAACGUCAUUCGUAGACAGCUCGCCAGUGCGUGCGUUCGCGCGUGUAUGCGUGUGUGUAUAUAUAUAUGAUCCGUGUGGUCGACAACCGUGCUAGGUAGGGACUUCGGAGCUCAGCUAUGCUCACGGGGCUUUGCUGACUAAGGGACUAGCCUCCGCCUUCACUCAGACUCGACGGCGCAGCACGGAGGAUAGCAGAGUUCGUGUUUUGUACUCGUCUGCGCUUGGUUUUUUUUGUGAAGCUUGUGGCAUAGAUUCAAAACUCAAGUUGAGAAACAAUGAAUGCCUCAGAACAUGGGUUUAACCCAGCCUUUAACAUGGCCUCCAUAAAGCAGGCUUUCAAUGAGGCUGUGGAGAGAGUCUCAACAGUUAGAAUGCCUGCGCCGACACGGUUGAGGGAUCUGAUUAGACAAAUUCGAGCCGCACGAACGGCAGCGGAAGAGAGGACAGUCGUGAACAAGGAGUGCGCGUAUAUCCGUUCGACAUUUAGAGAAGAGGACAGCGUCUGGAGAUGUCGUAACAUCGCAAAGUUGCUGUACAUUCACAUGCUGGGAUACCCGGCGCAUUUCGGUCAAUUGGAAUGUCUAAAGCUUAUCGCUUCUCCGAGAUUCACAGAUAAACGAAUCGGUUAUCUGGGGGCCAUGCUGUUGCUGGACGAACGACAGGACGUUCAUCUCUUGAUCACAAAUUGCUUGAAAAAUGACUUGAACAGUUCCACACAAUUCGUCAUCGGUCUGGCGUUGUGCACCCUCGGUGCGAUUGCGUCGCCGGAAAUGGCGAGGGAUCUGGCGUCCGAGGUCGAGAGACUGAUGAAGUCACCGAACGCGUACAUCCGGAAGAAAGCGGCGCUCUGCGCCUUUCGGAUCAUCAGACGUGUUCCGGAGCUGAUGGAGAUGUUUUUGCCGGCCACCCGUAGCUUGAUUACCGAGAAGAAUCACGGGGUGCUCAUCACUGGCGUCACCCUUAUUACGGAGAUGUGCGAGAACAGCGUCGACACGUUGAAUCACUUCAAAAAGGAAUGCGGCCACCGUGAGAUUGUGCCAAAUCUGGUAAGAAUCCUGAAGAAUUUGAUCUUAGCCGGAUACUCGCCGGAGCAUGAUGUGUCCGGAGUGUCAGAUCCCUUCUUGCAAGUGAAAAUACUGCGUCUCCUUCGUAUUCUGGGACGCAACGAUGUCGAUGCGUCUGAAGCCAUGAACGACAUCCUUGCUCAAGUUGCCACCAAUACGGAAACUAGCAAAAACGUUGGUAACACUAUACUGUAUGAGACGGUUCUGUCCAUCAUGGAUAUCAAAUCGGAGAGCGGACUUCGAGUUUUAGCAGUUAAUAUACUGGGCAGAUUUUUAUUGAAUAACGACAAGAAUAUCAGAUACGUGGCCUUGAACACGUUGCUGAAGACUGUUUACGUGGACACGAGCGCAGUGCAGAGGCAUCGAUCGACAAUUCUAGAAUGUCUAAAAGAUCCGGAUGUGUCAAUUAGAAGGCGCGCAAUGGAAUUGAGUUUUGCACUCGUAAAUUCCAAUAAUAUCAGAAACAUGAUGAAGGAAUUGCUCUUGUUCUUGGAACGAGCCGAUCCGGAAUUCAAAGCUCAAUGUAGCAGCAAUAUCGUGAUGUCCGCGGAGAGAUUCGCUCCGAACAAACGUUGGCAUCUAGAAACUCUGUUUAAAGUGCUUGUCGCGGCCGGUAAUUAUGUGCGUGAUGAUGUAGUGGCAUGUACGAUACAAUUAAUAUCGGAAACGCAGCCUCAACAGAAUUACGCUGUUAGCGCGCUGUGGCAUGCGCUAGAAAAAGAUACGUCCGACAAGCAGCCUUUGGCGCAAGUUGCCACAUGGUGUAUCGGCGAAUAUGGUGAUCUAUUGUUGUACAGUCCGCCGUCAGAGGAUGUCGAAACCCCAAUCAAUUUGACAGAGGAUGAAGUUAUCGAUGUGUAUCAGAGGUUACUCUGGAAUCCUCAGAACACUGUGGUUACGAAACAAUACACCUUAUUGUCUCUUACUAAAUUGAGCACGAGGUUCCAGAAAGGUCACGAGAAAAUUCGUCAGAUCAUAGAUACGUUUGGUAGCAAUUUGCAUAUCGAAUUACAGCAGAGAGGUAUCGAAUUCUCGCAAUUGUUUCGAAAAUACGAUCAUCUACGGCCUGCAUUGCUCGAAAGAAUGCCGCCGAUGGAGACUGCUCGACCACAGGCUAAUGGUAUCAUAGGCAUGGUGAACGGUGAGCCGGAACCGGAAGACGAGAAGUCUACUGUAGAACCAACCACAACUACAUCCGAUUCAAGUGCACUUCUAGAUUUACUUGGAACUGCAGAUGUAGGAGUGACGAUGCCGGCGACAACGACCACCAAUAAAAAUGUUUUACCGAGUUCGACUCCACCAGCGCAUAAUAACGAUCUGUUAGACUUACUCGGAAGUUUGGAUUUGAAUACGCCUACGUCUCCCGUCACCCCUACACUACCGUUACAACCGCAAGCAUCAUCCGCACCGAUGUUCAGUCCCACCAAUACCAGUAAUUUCUUAGUAGAUGGAUUGCUCAGUACUUCCUCAGUUCAAAAUGAACUACCUAAUAUGACUGUUUUGGACAAAUCGGGACUCAAGAUAACGUUCAAAUUAGAGAGACCGCCCGAUAUUCCUGAUCUGUUAAUUAUAAAUAUGUUGGCACAGAACUCCGGAAGCACCGUUUUAACCGAUUUUCUGUUUCAAGCAGCAGUUCCUAGGACAUUCCAACUACAAAUGCUAUCGCCAUCGGGUACUGUUAUUCCACCAUGUGGUCAAGUAACUCAAGUGUUGAGAGUCACAAAUAUGAAUAGGGCAACACUUAGAAUGAGACUACGUAUAUCAUAUACAGGUCCAGCUGGGCCAGUUUUGGAACAGACAGAAGUCAAUAACUUUCCCGCCGCGGCAUUACAGUGACAAGAUAUAAUACAAACAACAUUUGUACAUAUGCCUGCCUAAAAGUAAUUAAUCGAUUCUUGAAGACAAACUGGAAAGAAAAAAAAGGAACAAAUUUCAUCCUUAUCAGAGACAAUGAAACAUACAAGUUUGCAAAUAGGUGUCAAAUGGAUGAACAACUAAUUCAGUAACAAAAUUUUCGCUAUGCGGCACGAAGAUAUGACCUAAACUUUGUAAGGAGAUCUUAAAUUUGUUAAAAUCACAUUUUUUAACUCCGUAUACAAUUUUACAAUGUGUUCUAAAAGCUUUUUCGCAACGAAGAAUUUUUCAAAAAAGUAUUAAUCGUCUUGCCGCAUAUAUAUAUAUAUAUUUUAAAGUUGUCACGAAUUUGUGUGUGGGCAAGUUCCGAUAAAUUUCCAGUCGCAAACAAUGUGAUGUUAACAUUUAAAGUCUUUCAAAAUUACGUUAUAUAUCAUUAUCGUUUCCGCUUCGUUACAACGAGCGAACGUAAAAGUAUACUUUGCUCUCGCAACCUGUCGCAAAAGUAUAUGAAAAAAAAGAUGUAAAUAUUUUUUCUAACCGAAGAACAGAUGCGGAGAGAGUUGAGGAAACUAUUGUGCUUGUGGUUGGUUGCAUUCCCGCUGUUUUACGGCUACUAAUUUAGCGCGUAAUUUCAUACGUAGGCUAAACGAGUUAGAAAACAGAUACCUAUACAGAAAGUGAGUCAGAAAAAACAUACAAUCUCGACACAUACAUCAAAUGCAUCACACGCCAGAAAACAAAAUGUAAAACGGAGAAUGGGAAGGGAGGAAGUUCCGUCACCGAAAGUGCUGUCGUUGUUCCAAAAAGAAACAAGGAGAAACUAAACUCUCACUGUAACAAAUCAAUCUUUUCUACUGCUACAUUUGUAAGUAAGACAUCGCGAAUAAAACUCGCGCAAUCGUCUUGUAAAUAUAUAAUCGCGGUGACAUAUAGAGAAGCAAAGAAAUUCUUUUAUGUGAUGGGGGAAAAAUAGCGCGAAACGGGAUUCUUUCUAAUCUGUGUACAUGAUAGAGCUGUUAAUUCAGUAACGAAUACGAUAAUAUUAACGUUUUCGUUUUCGAGAGAUAUCAUUUGGGGAGAGGGUGCAUAUAAAACACAUACAUGUACACAACAUGCUACUGAACACACACAUACAUAUGACGCACGAGUGUGUUACGUGUGUAGCGCGAUUAUACAAUUUCAAAUUCAUAUUCAGAAUACAGAGUACACAUUGGAGGGCUGAAUUCUGACUGUCAUAUUAUCUGUCUCGCGUAUGUAUGUAUGUUGAACGUUGUAUCCAAUUAUGGAAGAUUGAGGAUUCAUUAUCGACCAAUUAAUCCUCUUUAUCAUGUUCGAAUGAUAUUAAUUCUCGCCAAGUAUCUCUAUCAGUGUUUCAUUGCAUUAUAUGUACAAUUCUACUAAGUUAAUUCUAAUGAAAAUUUUGAUAUAAAUACGAGAAAAGUCAUAAAAUGUUGGGAAGCAUAAUAUCUUAACUAAACAAUUAUUACAAAAUAGAAAAUAAAAGCUGAUACUACGAGAUUAAUUUCGUUCAUCCAGUUCUAUGCGUUUUUAAAAAAGGUAGAAUGUAAAGUCGAUAAAUAAUUAUACAUGUAUAUCUUGACAAUAGUCUAUUUUUUAAGUUGCAGUAUAAACACUAACAUAAAAUUAAUAACCAAGUAUAAGAAUGUA